AUGAAUACUGAUGAUGUCAACCAGUGUAACCUGAAUCAUUUUAAACAAUUCUAUGAAAAUCAGUUAACUGAUUUAACCAGUAGUGAUGAGCAAACUGAUGAAUCAUCAACAAAAAAUGAAAUCAAAACAGUAGUUAAGCCAACAAAACGAUCUAAUUCAUGUAUCGACUAUUCCAACUAUAUUUCUCGUUUUGAACCGGUGAAAAAACCUAUUCCACAAGAAAAAAAUCGACGUCUUGGUGUCUGGAAACCAGUAACAUCAUUUGUUACAAAUUUACAAUCAAAAAUACGUAAUCAUUCAGUUUGUACAAGACCGGAACAGAUGACACGAUUUGAGCGUAAACCAAGCAUUAUAGAUCAUUUUGGUCGAUUCAACGUUGGACAUCCGUCUGGAUGUCAUUCUCCGAUAGCUGAUGAUUGUAUGGAAGAAGAGUAUGAUUUCUACCCCGAUAUUAUACAGUCAUCAGGAUUACUAACAAAUGAUGACCUCUCAAAUGAACCGGAUAAUAGUCGGGUAAAAUAUCCACGAUAUAUGGAAAAUGAUGAUUUGUCCAAGACAUGUACUGGCUCUUCUAAUGCUCCGGUCCUUGUUAGAUUGAAUGUCAGUGGAACAAUAUUUCACGUACGACAUAGUACACUAAAACGGGAUCCUUUCGUUUAUGGGAAGAUGUUAGAAGAUGCUAUAUGGAUUGCACAGACACGUGAAUAUUAUUUUGAAAGGGAUCCUGAGGUGUUCCGAUUUAUACACAGUUAUCUACGUAGAGGUGAAUUACACCUACCGCAUGGAAUGUGUGGUCCACUAGUUGAAAAAGAAUUGGAUGACUGGGGUAUAGCACUUGGUCUGGAUAUUCAAAGAUGCUGUUUAGGUCCUGUAAUGGAAAGCAAAUCAAAAAUGGAAUCUUUACAAAAGUUUGAACAUAAACUGGAACCAACUGUUGUACGACCAGACUAUUGGAUUCAAUCUUAUAAAUGGCAACUAUUUCGUGAGAAAGUUUGGUCUGUUAUCGAUAUUUCAACAAGACAUAUUAGUUCACAUUUUGGUAAUUAUAAAAAUGAUAAACAAUGUACACCAAAUACAAUUUUUCCCUGUGAAUACCAUACAACUAGUGAUCAUACUGCUGAUUCAAAUUCUAGGACAAUAAAUCCACAUGAUUUAUGCAGAUCAGUUAGUCAUCAUCAAAUUUCACAUUAUACUUAUCCUCAUUCUCAACAACACCAACAAGGAGAAGAACAACAACAACAGGAUACACAAAAUCAACCAUACUCCAUAAAUAAUGAACAUAUUCCAUCAGUAUCUAAUGCAAAUGAGACAACUAAGUCUAAUCUACCAACUGUUACAUCAAUGAAUGUUUCAUGUCAUCAAGAAGUGAAUAAUUGUCGUCCAUUAUGGCAGUCUACUUCAUCAACUAAACGUGAAUCAAAGUAUAUAACUUGGUUAAGACGAUUUUAUUUAAUCUAUGAAACAUUGAUUGUCACAUCAGCUGUCGGUGUAUUCAUGAUGUCAACAGUUAAAGAAUUUCGUGUACCAUUCUAUUUGAAUAUUAGUAAUUUACAGAAUGAUACAUCUUUAGAUUAUCUUCAUAAUUCACGUAUUCAAAUUCCAAUGUCUCGUAGAACAAAUAGUACACAAUUGACAUUACCAGCUAAAUGGCUUGUACAAAUGGAUAUUUACUUUUCUAUAGCAAUCACUAUCGAUGUUAUUAUUCGUAUGAUAUUUUGUCCAUGUUUUCUACUCUGGUUAUUUUCAGUCUCUACACUGAUUGAUAUAUUAUCAUUGAUACCAUUCUAUUGUGAAUUUAUUUUCUAUGAAUUAGUUUAUAAUAAUAAUGAUAAUCAAGAGGCAAUAUCAUGGAUAUUACGUGUUCUACGUGUUGAAGAGUAUAUUGUUAUCUUGAAGGUGUUUGUUGUAUUACGAUUAUUUCGUGUAUUACGUCGACAUAGAGGUACACGUGUCCUUUUGUAUACAAUACGUACAACUAUUGCUGAUGUAUCCAUUAUUGUUGUAUUGAUAUUAGAAAGUGCUUUAUUUUUCGGUGCUGCUAUUUUCUUUGUUGAUUCAACAUUUCCAGAUAUACCAAAAGGAUUUUGGUGGGCAUUAAUUACCAUGUCUACUGUAGGUUAUGGUGAUCUAGUACCUAAGAAUACAUGGGGUUAUAUUGUGGCUACAGCUUGUAUAAUUUUGGGUGCUUUAUUAAUGUCAUAUACUAUUCCUGUAUUGGUUAAUCAUUUCUUGUUAUAUUAUGCACAUGCUGAUCAACUUUACAUGGUAAAACAAUUACAUCGUACAGCGAAACGUAAAAUACGUAAUAGGCGAAUGUCACGUUAUUUACAGAAAGCGUUAUUCAAUGCUAAAACUCUUGUCAAUGCAACAAUGGAUAAAAAGAAUUUAGUUAUGGCAAAUAACACUAAUAAUAAAGUACAAACAACUGGUCCAAAUUGA